AUGGAGGUCUCCGAAAAGGGUUCGAUGGCAGAUGGUGCAGGUGAUGGCGAGAGAUCAUCCGAAAGCAAAUUUGAGUCAGACGAUGAGCCCGUUGAACUUACGGGUGAGUUCGGGAUCUUGAAGAUGCAUAUGGAUGUCCAUUUCGAACGCCAGGCCAGGUUUUUCGAAGAGCUCCUCACCACGAAGUCGAACACAAUUCUUCGACAGCGUACCAAAGAGAGCAUGCUCAAAAUGGCUGGCACUGAAAUGGCGCUGCCUGAACCUCGCGUUUCCCAAGGAAAUGCCGCGCUUCAGCUUCCAGUGCCACAGUUGACCACGGCGAAUUCGUUUCGGUCCACCAUUAGUUCCUCGCCGCCGGGGCGACGUGACAGCGUCCGAAAGUCCUUCGUCCGUGCUGGCAUGGAGGACAAGCAGGGCCGUGCACGGGCAGCUGCUUCCAGGAUCACCUUUGCUCGUGAGGGGCGGGCGCAUUCAGCUGCUGACCGGGUGGAUUGGCGGGGGCGCAUUCAAGCCUUGGUGAUUUCGCCUUUCUUCACCAACUUCAUCAUGUUCUUGAUUGUCACCAAUGCGGUCCUGCUUGGGGUCGAGAUUGAUGUAUCAGCCAAGGUUGGUCAGGAUGAUAUUCCCACCUGGAACGUUUUCGACUUCACCAUCGUCACCCUGUCUGUGGUGGAAACCAUGGUGGACUGGUGGGCACAGUCCAUCUCCAGCUCGGCCGAUGGAUCCAAUAGCUUCCGAGUGAUGCGCGCCUUGCGCUUGGUGAGGACCCUUCGCGGCUUUCGCAUCAUCCGCCUCUUCCGCUACUUCAGCGUGCCUCAACAGCACUUCAACAAAAAGAGCAACAUCGAGGGACUGCAAGCCAGACACUGGGCAUGGUACCGGCUUGUAACAGAUCAUUGUCGCUUCAUGGCCAUUGAGCAGAAUGCAGAUAACAAUGCCAUACCUGCUUGCGAAGAUAACUUGCAGCCCUAUUGGGUGAAUGUCAUGGACAGCAUGAUGACGUUGUUCAUGUCCAUCACCGGCGGGAUCAAUUGGUUCGAGGCCUACGAGCCCCUGAGACAAGUCUCCUUGAUGGCGCUGUGGCUCUUCAACCUCUACGUCGUGAUCGGCUUCUUUACCAUAUUGAACAUGGUCACUGGCGUGUUCGUGAACACCGCGAUUGAAAGUGCCAGCGCGGACAAAGAUAUUGCCACGCUGAAGCAGAUGCAGAAGCGCUUGGAGAACAUGUCCUCCCUGAGGGAAGUUUUCCAGGAGAUGAAUGCCUUCAAUGUCAACGAAGUGAGUUUGGACGAUCUUGAAGAUGCCCUAAGCCAGAACAAGCUUGGCACAUUUAUGGAAUCCCUGGGGAUUUCAACGGAUGAUGUGCCACAGCCGCAAUUGAAGGCCCCAUUGAGCCAAGCAUACCGCGCCCAACACCAGAAAACCCUGCUGCGGGCCGAACAGGCUCUCAAUCCGGAUGAACUGCAUGGAGUUUACGAUUCAUGUAGCUUAGCCGUCCUCCGCAUACCAGAUGCAUCAGAUCAAGCUUGCCGCUCUGCUUGUCCAUGGCGUUUCUAUUCUCUCUUGCCGCCCACCGACUUUGUCGCUUUGGAAGAACGCAGCAAUGUCAACAACAAGGUCCACAUCUACGUGCUUUACUGCUGCCGGCUCUCUGCUACGAGCGUUUUUGCACUCACGGCCUACCAGCUCCAAGACCAAAUGCCGAGCCUCAUUCUAGACCCAGCGCGGCCGAUCUUACCCACUGGUUUCUUGCUGCCUUAUUAUGCGGCCUUGCUGCUUUCCAUGUAUUACAGCGCCAGGGCCGCCACUUACAUUCCCUUGCAGCCAUCAUUUCCCUUUCCCUUUGACGAAACGUUUUUCAUCGUUUGCUUGGUUCUUCUCAGUCCAGUGUGGAGCCUUUUCUUACUCAUCGACUCCGAUUCCAACGGCGUUUUGGACUUGGAGGAGUUCGUGACCGGGUGCAUGCAACUUCGAGGCCCGGCCAAGAGCUUACAGGUCGCCAAGAUGAGGCAAGCGAUCAAGCACCUGCACGAGGACGUGAUGCAGCUGACCCGAAUGGUGAAGUCGGGAUUGAAGUACCGCAUGGUGAAGGAAGUUCUUUGA